AUGAAUCUCAACAAAUCAUAAAUCUCAUAAUUCACCUGCACCAACCCUGCCUCAAUCCAGGAAGAUCUCAUUGAUCUCUAUCUCACAGUUAAGGUUAGGAAAAAUGAGGAUAUUGAAAACUGUUCUGAUCAAUAGCUUGAGAGGGAAAAGUAAAAACUUCGCACCAUGGAUUUAUCAGUCAUCAUUUCAUACAUAAAGUCUUCCAUUGAAAUUUUGAAUAGCUUAAAGGCACAUAGCUCUCAAUCUGAUGGGUGUUCUUAAAGCAAACUACUUAGCAUUCUCGAAAAUGAUAUAAAUGAGAGUCAAGAGCAUUCAGUCGAUGUGAAAGAGUAUGAGCAAAUCAUUCAGAAGCUAGAGAGAGAUGUUCGAGAGCACAUCAAAAUUCAACAUCAAAUGAAACUACAUAUUGAGUCAAUUCAAAAUAAGCUGGAGGAGGCUGAGAAGUAAAAGGGUGAUCACAAGAAAUGCAUUGAGUAAAUUGAGAAACUUAAAAAGGAUAACAAACGCAUGGAUGAACUUUUGACGAUGAGAGAAGAUAAAAUCUCUAAGCUAGAGGAUCAGAAUGAUAAACUUCAGAAGAAACUUAAUACAAAUGAUGAUGGUUAGCAGAAGGUAAAGUUUUAUGAAGAAAAAAUAAAGCAAUUAGAAAAGUAGCAUCAAAAGGAGCAAUUAAGAUUGUAGACAGAAAUAAUGCAUCUUAAAAAACUGUAAAGCUCAAUUUCCUCUUCUUAUCACAUCCACACCUAGGAUAGCAAUCAUUUCUCUAACUUAGAUGGAGGGCUUGUUCCAUCUGGCUCUAUUACUACAACAACCACAUGUUCCUCGAAUUAGCAGAUUGAGAAACCCUAGGCAACCUAGAAAAACAACACAGGAAUGGUUCACAGAAAUAGCUAGCCAUAGGUAUAACAUAUCUCAAAUAACAACCAAGAUCAACAAAGGAAUAAUUACAAAGAUCUCUAGUCUACUCGCGAAUUUGAUAAUUUCAUAUACUCAAUGGAUAACAGAGAAAACAUACAUCCUAAUGUUCUCUAAAAUGGUCACACUCAAAAUUUUUCAAAGAGCAUCGACAAAUCAAGUAAUAGUAAAGUAAUCAUGGCUAAGCAGAUGCUAUUUGAAACUAUGGAUCGCACCAAUUUGCCAAGGUAGACUAAUUAAAACUUUUUCAACAAUACUAAUGGUUCUCAGAGUUAAUUGAAUAUGUAAAUGAAUCAAAUGCCUUAAAAUAUGAUGAAUGCUUAAAACUUGAAUCAACCUCAAGUAAUGAAUUAAUCCAGUAAUAAUAAAACAAUUGAGAGUUUGAUGGGAAGGAAAAGUUCUCUUGCCAAUAUCUCUGGAUAGAACAUCUAAAAUAUCCUGUAAACUCAUGAAGAUCAGUCCUAGUAGCAACAAUAUCAAAGACCACAAUCCUUUAUAGGCGAUUAUUCUAAUUAAAGAAGUGCAAGAGGCAUCAACAACAAUGGAAAUAAUGCAAAUAGCACUAAUGACCUCAAUAAACUAAGGGAAAAACUUACUUAGAUUCAGGGAGAGUUUAAGAAUACAUAGAAGAUUGCUAUCAAAAGAAAAUCCUCUAGAAAUGACAAUAGAGAUCCUGGGAUUGAUAUGGAUGAGUUAGAAGCUGAAACUGCCAGAAUACACAAAGAAAUAGUUAGUGAAAGAUGUGGUGACUAAGAUAGAUAAAAAGAGAAGAGAACUGUAAGUGAUAACACAAGACUAGCUACAGAGCAGCAAAAGAUGAUGGUUAUGCCCUCUAAUAACGGAAUUAAAGUGCUUUUAGACAAGAGCUAGGUAAACACGGGUAAUGCUUUUGCAAUCAAGAGACCUUCAGCUUAAAUGAUGACAGAUCGCAGUCAUCACGCUCCAGCAAAUAUGACAGCUAAUGAGCAAGAAUAAAAUAAUAAUGGGUAAAGCAAUACUAGCAGAAGACACUAUAACAUGGGAUAGGGUACCUAGAUAUCAAACUAUAAAAUCGUCAAAAAGAAGCCAGGUUCAAGUGUAAAUGGAACAAGCGGGACGAGCCACCUUAAUCAAACAUCAAUGAUCAGAGGUAGAGAUAGCAGUGUGAAUGGACAUGAUGGGGCAAAUGUUUCAAUGCUUAACAUAACCUCUAAUAACAUAAAUGGAAGCAGCAACUAUGCUAAAAUGUCAAGUAAGCAGCAAUAAAUGAAUCAAAUGCACCAAUAGUAUUAAAUGACAGCUUAGAAUAACCCAAAUCAAGUAUAAAAGAGUGUAGCAUAGGAAAGCGAUGUGAUAAGAACUUUUUUCGCUGGUAUUGCUAGUGUUACAGCUGCUUCAGUUACCCAUCCUAUUGAUACAGUUAAGAUUAGGCUGCAGAUUUAAGGAGAAAUUGGAAAGAAAGGUGCAUCAAACAAGUAAUAUAACAAUGUAUUCAGAGGUAUGUACAUGAUUGUCCAAGAAGAGAGUAUUAGAGGUCUUUAUAAAGGAAUUACAGCAUCAUGGAUGAGGGAAAGUAUUUAUUCAUCUUUGCGUCUUGGACUGUAUGAGCCUUUCAAGAGGCUAUUAGGAGCUACUGAUAAUAAAAACACUCCUUUCUAUCUUAAAUUUCUGGCUGGUGGAAUGUCUGGUUUUAUUGGAGCAGCAUUAGCCAAUCCAACAGAUCUCCUCAAAGUGAGGAUGCAAGCAUGGGAGGGAAAACCUCAUGGUUUGAUUUGGCAUUUCAAUGAUGUUUAUGCUAAUGGAGGAUUUUGGGGUUUCUAUAGAGGAGUGACCCCAACUGUAAUCAGAGCAAUUUUGCUGAAUGCUACAAAGUUGGCUACAUAUGAUCACAUUAAGCACAGUCUUAUUAACUACAAUAUUCUAAGUGAUGGCUAUAUGUGUCAUUUUGUUUCGAGUGUCUGUGCUGGUGUUUGUAUAGCUGUAGUCACCUCACCAGUCGAUAUCGUUAAAACCAGAAUCAUGAAUUAAGGAAAGGAGAAAGUUUAUUCUGGAAUGAUAGAUUGCAUUUAAAAGAUUUUCAAAUAGGAGGGACCAAUGGCUUUUUACAAGGGAUUUACACCCUAGUGGAUGAGAUUUGGCCCAUUUACCAUAGUUCAAUUAAUGGUCUGGGAAAAACUAAGAGACUUUUAUGGAAUGAAGGGUAUCUGA